AUGCAAACCGUCGAUGACCUCAUCGAAACCUGCACCACCAUCAUUUGGAUCGCCUCUGCCCUUCACGCAGCAGUCAAUUUCGGGCAGUACCCUUAUGCUUAUUUUCACCCAAACCGGCCUACAGUCAGCCGCCGAUUUAUGCCCGAACCGAGUACCACUGAGUACGCUGAGCUAACGAAAAACGCUGACCUGGCGUUCUUGAAGACGAUCACGCCGCAAUUACAAACUAUGCUUGGGAUCGCUAUCAUAGAGACCUUGUCUAUGCAUCUAACGGACGAGAUUUACUUAGGACAGAGAGAUUCGCUGAAUUGGACGGCUGAUGAUAAGCCUUUGGAGGCGUUCAAGGGGUUUGGAAAGAGUUUGGAGCUGAUCGAGAACAAUAUCAUCCGGAGAAACAAUGACAAAAAGCUCAAGAAUCGGACUGAACCGGUUAACCUACCGUACACUUUGUUGUAA